AAUUAUCAACUAUCGCCUGUCGGUGAAUUUCUUUACUUAUUGAAACAGCGUGGAAACAAGUAAAUUUAAAUUUUAGAUUGAAUUCUUCUAAACCUAAACGUGAUGGGUAACGUACAAGCUUCAUCCAAUUUACCACCAAUGCCGCCUAAUACGACACUUAUCCCGCCACCCACGACACCCCAAAAGCUGCCUCCUGAAAAUCGUAUUGAAAACCCAGGAUCUGUUGAAGAAUUACACAAAAAAUGCAAAGAGCUGUUUCCAAUGACCUUUGAGGGCAUUAGACUUGUCAUUAAUAAAGGAUUAAGCAAUCAUUUUUUUGUUAGCCACAGUCUACUUAUAGGAUCAACUAGUCAAACAUCAAACUACAAAUUUGGAUCUACCUUUGUAGGUACCAAUCAGGUUGGGCCUGGUGAUUUUAGUCCUUUGUUGAUAGGUGACAUUGAUCCCCGUGGAAAUAUUUCUACAAAUGUUAAUGUACAACCCUGGGAUAAUGUCAAAAUCAAACUUAACACUCAGUUUCAAGAGUUUAAAACAAAUGGAAUUCAGACAACGGCUGAAUAUAGAGCAGACAGAUAUACAGCUACCUUGUGCUUAGUCAAUCCUGAUUUAUUCAAUUAUACGGGAAUUUAUAUAUCUCAGUAUUUAUAUGCUUUGAAUAACAAAACAUCAGUGGGUGCUGAAGUUAUUCACCAACGUAGUCCUCAAAUUCCAAAUGGGCAUAUAACUGUGUUUAAUGUCUUAGGAAGAUAUAUAUAUGAUGAUGCUACCACAAUCAGUACUACAUUGAGUUUAACGGGGCUGCAAUGCUGUUAUCAUUUCAAAGCUAGUGAGCAGCUCCAAUUUGGUGUAGAUCUUGAAGGUAGUCUUUUACAACGAGAUAUCAAUGCAACGUUUGCAUAUCAAGCACAAAUUCCUAAAUCAGAUAUUAACAUUAAAGGUAGCAUAGAUAGAAAGUGGAAUGUAAGCACGACACUGGAAAAACGUCUACACCCUAUGCCAUUUACAUUUGCAUUGAGCACUAUGUUUUCUCCUGCCAAACAUCAAUUAAGAAUGGGUGUUGGAUUUUUAGUCGGUUAAAUCUAUACAUUAUUAAAUAUUGAUGUAGUCGUA